UUAGUCGCCUGCCUAUUUUCAUAUUCAUUAGAACUGGGAGGUUGCCCGAGGAGCCCAGCUGAGUUUCAAGAUAUAAAAGCAACUUCGGGUGCCCCUUUCCAGCCGGGACGCAUUAAAGGGCUGGGAGCGGGGCAGCUCCCCGCGCGCAGCCCGAGCUUCCCCUUCCCUCCUCUCGGCCCUCCCUCCUCCCGCCCACCCUUUCCCUCCCCCCGAGCGCUCCGGCCUCCGCGCCCCGGGAGCUCCGCGACAGCUACCAGGAGUAUGGAGUUUCUGAGCGAGAAGUUUGCCUUGAAGAGCCCGCCGAGUAAAAACAGUGAUUUUUACAUGGGCGCAGGAGGCGCGUUGGAGCAUGUUAUGCAGACACUGGACAAUGAGUCCUUUUACAGCAAAGCCUCGGCGGGCAAAUGCGUGCAGGCCUUCGGGCCCCUGCCCCGCGCGGAGCAUCACGUGCGCCUGGAGAGGACCUCUCCCUGUCAGGACAGCGGCGUGAACUAUGGGAUCACUAAAGUAGAAGGACAGCCUCUUCACACCGAACUAAACAGAGCGAUGGACAACUGUAACAGUCUCCGGAUGUCUCCAGUGAAAGGGAUGCAAGAGAAGGGAGAACUGGAUGAACUUGGGGAUAAAUGUGACAGCAAUGUAUCCAGCAGUAAGAAGCGGAGACACCGAACCACCUUCACCAGCUUGCAGCUGGAGGAGCUGGAGAAGGUCUUUCAGAAAACCCAUUACCCAGAUGUGUACGUCAGAGAACAGCUUGCUCUGAGGACAGAGCUCACUGAGGCUAGGGUCCAGGUUUGGUUUCAAAAUCGAAGGGCCAAGUGGAGGAAGAGAGAACGUUAUGGCCAAAUACAACAAGCUAAAAGCCAUUUUGCGGCCACCUAUGAUAUAUCGGUUUUGCCCAGGACUGACAGCUACCCACAGAUUCAGAACAAUUUGUGGGCAGGAAAUGCGAGUGGUGGUUCUGUGGUCACUUCAUGCAUGGUACCACGUGACACCUCCUCCUGUAUGACACCUUAUUCUCACUCGCCUCGGACAGAUUCCAGUUACACAGGGUUUUCAAACCACCAGAACCAGUUCAGCCACGUGCCCCUCAACAAUUUUUUCACUGACUCUCUUCUUACGGGGGCUACCAAUGGACAUGCAUUUGAAACAAAGCCAGAGUUUGAAAGGCGGUCUUCCAGUAUCGCAGUCCUUCGAAUGAAAGCCAAGGAGCACACUGCCAAUAUUUCAUGGGCCAUGUAACAUACAGUACUCUUAUUUUUCUUUAAGUGGAAAAGUAAAACAUUCUUAUUUCUCAUAUUUAAAGGAUACCACAAUAAGCUGCUGUGUGUGGAAUUGCUAACGGUCAGGAUAUACAGUGAGACCAGCUUAAAUGAAUAGUUGUUAUUAUUUAACAUUAAAAUCUAAGAAUGAACCUCUGAAGACUAAAUAGGUUUACCAUGCACCAGUCUCCACAAACUCUGUUUUAGUAGUAUUUUUUUCUAUUGUACAAGUCGAUGAAAUACGAUCAUGCAACUUCUUAAAAGAAUAAAUGUAUUAAACAAACUCCUCUGUUAUAGAUUGAUUUAUGUUAGUUCUGUAUAACAAGAAAUCCCUUAUUGUAAAAUAAUACCUGAUAAAGGAAGAAAUGCACUGGGGAAAAUGUCAAGAUACCGAAGCUGUCAGGUAAAUAUUGAAGCAGGGCGUUUCAGGGAGGUAAAUGCCAUUUCUCCCUCUCUGACUCCACGGCAAAAUGGGCAUAUGCCCUGUUGACGAGAAUUUAUCUUCAGGUCUCAAAGAUUACUUCACCUCUAGAUGUUUCAGUGAAUUUUUGUCCCAUGGAAAAAGAACUCUUUUAAAAUGACCAGCAUUUGUAUGAAAUAUUUGGACAUAGUUCCCUGAAACCAUGUGGCUAAAGGUGAUAACUGAAAUAUUCCGGUGUGAUUUAAAAUACAGUUGUGAGAACAGUUUUUAUAAAUGUUAUCUUUUUGGUGAAAAAGCCAGCAUGGAUUCAGUGUCUUAGUUAUCACACACAAGAAAGAAAAGAAAGUUACAAUACCUGUUGUUACUCUUAAAUUAAAAUCGUGUUGAUUAAAUUGUACACACAAACAUCUAAUAAAUGCACUAAAAUGUAUUCUGUUAAAGGAGCAAUGAACUGGAAUUUAUACUUACUUCAUGUGCACGUGCAAGUGCACAUUUGUGUGCGUGUGUGUAUUUGGUUUUCAACAUAUAAUCCAUAAGCAUUUUUGCUACUGUGGUUUUGCAUAGGGAAUUAAAAUGUCAGAAGCCUCUCUCUAAAACUUCUGGUGGAAAAGAAGAGAAGAAAAAUACAUUGCAUCUGGAAAAUUGCUAACCCCAUUGAUUUACUUCUCCUCCCUUUCCCCUGUCACAUUCCAAGCUUUUUCAGAUGAGUGAAAUGUCAACCUCCUUGAAAGACUCUCAAGUUCAUAAAGGCAAAGUAAAUUAAUUGAAACGAAGAUGACUUUCAUGGCUUGAAUCAGAGCAAGCUCUGCUCUUUGUACUCUCUUAGAAUCUUCCUUGUGGUUUCUACAGACUUUAGGGAUAUUCUUGGGAGUUCUAAAGGCUAAAGGACAAGAGUACAUGAAUUUAAAAAUUAAAUUUAAGAAAAAAGUACUUAAAUCCAGUAAGUAUCUCUUCCUAGUGGGAAAAUAUGUACAGCAGUUAGACCUCUUUUAUAAUAAAAUUUUAAAUCAGGCAGAUGAUGGAGAUGAGUGAUGUCCUAAACAAACAUUGCUUGACUUUGUAAUAACUCUUUUCUUUAUUACUUUUGUGUUCUCUCUUUUUAGUUUUGUUCCCAAGACAAACUUGUUCAACUUUGGCCUUGAGAAUUACGCUUACAUGCAGGAGUUUUUGUAAAAGGAUCAUUUAGGCAGCUGUUAAAUAUCCUUCACGUUUUAGAAGAGAAUGGCUUCUUUUAAUACAUUCAUAUAUGUGGUUAAUAGGAAUUUAUGAACUAAAACUUAGAACUAAAAUGUAAGGUUAACAAAAUUCCAAAUUAGCAGUAUUCACGUUCAUUUUCUUCUACUUUCUUAAUUGAAAUUUUAGUGUCCCCUUGGCUAAUACUUUAGAUUUUUUAACAUGAGACACAGAAUUCACAUAGGCCAGUUUAUAUUUCAGUUCACUCCUAAGUUUUCCUGUUCUGUUUUACUUGUCAUUAUAUUCUAAUCAUUAGCUGGAGCUUCUGUAACUGAUUUUUUUUUUCAAUUUAAAUAACAUCUUUUAAUUGAGGUUCUAUAUCCACACUGUUCUGUAUGAAUUUAAUUCAAUCAAUAGAUUAUUUUAAACACCAACAGGAUAUGAAGUAUUAUUUGGCAUAAUUAAAUAAAUAAUGGAAGCAUGAUUCUUA